AUUCCCUUGCCGCCGCCCUGAAGGUACGUCCUCUCCCUUUUCCCGCCGCCCUCGUCACAAGGUGAAGGUAUAUCCUCGCUCCCAUAUCUCUCUGUAGAAAUCGUCUCCUUUUGUCCCACUUGCCCCACUCCUCUCCAUCGCGAUCGUCUCUUCUGCCAGUGCUUCGUUCCCUCUCCCUAAGAGAACCCCUACAAACCCUCGCGGAGGAGGUUUGUGCUUUUCGAAACAUCAAGAGGAUCUCCGUUUAAUUCACAAGAACCGUGUGUCGAGGGAAUCAGUGUGAAUCUCUGUUACUGCUGCCUUGGAUGAUCUUCUAAUUCAAUGGCUCUAUCUGCUCAAACUUAUGCUAUCCUCCAAGAAAAGCUUCUUUUCAGGCCAUCCACGAAUUUAUUGACAAAGCAUCCAAGGGGAUGUAAUCAAUCAAGCUUUUAUGCAAAUUUUGUUACUAAAUGGCAAAGCUUGGUCAACUCAUCUUCUGCAUCUAUUGAUAAACAAUAUAAACAACUAUCCUUGACACGGCCCUUACAGAUAGAUCAUUUGAGAAGACCAGUUUGCAAGAGUGGUGGGCCAUGCUAUUCUCUUGAUGUUGAAAAGUCAUCCAUCUCAGUAGGAAAGAAGUUUCAACUUGAUGAUGUAAUAGAAUCUCAACAGUUUGAUAGGGAAAUACUGACUGAUAUAUUUGAAGUGGCCCGUGAAAUGGAAAAAAUUGAGAAAAGUUCAUCUGCAAGUAAAAUAUUAAGGGGCUAUUUAAUGGCUACUCUAUUCUAUGAGCCUUCCACACGAACAAGACUUUCCUUUGAAUCUGCUAUGAAAAGACUGGGAGGAGAAGUUUUGACAACAGAAAAUGCACGAGAAUUUUCCUCAGCAGCAAAAGGAGAAACUCUUGAAGACACAAUAAGGACCGUUGAAGGAUACUCUGAUAUAAUUGUCAUGAGACACUUCGAAAGUGGUGCUGCUAAAAGAGCUGCUUCUACUGCUAAUAUUCCUAUUAUUAAUGCUGGAGAUGGUCCUGGCCAGCAUCCAACUCAGGCUCUUUUGGAUGUAUACACUAUUGAAAGAGAAAUAGGUAGAUUGGAUGGAAUUAGACUGGGCUUGGUUGGAGAUCUUGCUAAUGGGAGGACUGUCAGAUCACUGGCUUAUUUAAUUUCUAAGUACCAAGACAUAAAGAUCUACUUUGUUGCUCCAGACAUUGUAAAAAUGAAGGAUGAUAUAAAAGAUUACCUGACAAGUAAGGGUGUGGAAUGGGAAGAGAGCACGGAUUUAUUUGAAGUUGUUUCAAAGUGUGAUGUUGUUUAUCAGACACGUAUUCAGCGAGAACGGUUUGGAGAGAGGAUAGAUCUUUAUGAAGCAGCUCGUGGGAAGUACAUAGUGGAUAGCAAGGUGCUUGAUGUUAUGCCAAAGCAUGCUGUUAUCAUGCAUCCUCUCCCAAGGCUCGAUGAGAUAACAGUGGGUGUUGAUGGUGAUCCUAGGGCUGCGUAUUUCAGACAAGCCAAGAAUGGUCUCUAUAUCCGGAUGGCUUUGUUAAAGCUUCUUUUACUUGGCUGGUAAUGGACAAUGAGUAGAACAAACAUGAACCUAAAAAAAUAGAAAGGGCCCAUUCAGGAACAAUAAAGUAGCAUCGUGAUUUGAGAAUCUUGAUGAAACAAUAUAUCAAUGAGAGGUUAGUUCAAUAAGUUCAGUAAAUUUUUUUUUUCAUAGAUAGGGAACAAAAACCCAUUUUAUGCUUUUUGAAAAGUAAAAGAAGAGAAUCCCCUUCAUUAGAAAAAUAAAAACCUGUUACAGUUGUUGCCUUUUUGACUACUACUACUAUUUCUCAUGCUUGAAGUAAGGAAACCUUGUUUUUCUAUUUUUAUUGAAUUGGUUGGAGCAUAGACGCACACCUCGAGCAGAGCCUAAGAAAUAAGUCAGACUAUCAUAGAGCAGUCGACUAGAAGUAGAAGACUGUUGGCCUGAGAGAAGGCAGUCUCUCUCGAGAAACAUGAUCCAAUUUCUCUUCUUUCUUUUCACACGUGCAACAUAGAGGAAUAAAAAAAGACCAUGAACAUAUAUUCAAAAUAGGAUAAAUGUUAAUGGACCGACCUUCAUUAUUAUUUAUAUUUAAUGCCCUCUCAUGGUGGUUGAUGUAUGUAAGUCAGAUUUUGUUUAUUUUGACGAUUGUUAAGACCAUGGAGGAUCAUGCCAUCAUAUUACCAGUGUUGUAUUUUUA